UCUCGCCAGUUGUGCCAACAUCCCAUGGAUGAUAUUUGUUUUUUUUUAAUAACCAGCUUAUUUGGCACCACAUCUACUCCCACUGCCACUAAUGUUCAGUAGUAGCAAUGUGCACCAUCUACAAGAUGCACUAUGCAAAUUCAUGGCAGCAGUUCAAGAGGGCAGCUCACCACAACCUUCUCAAGGGUAACCAGGGAUGGGCAACAAAUGCUAAGCCUAGUAGCAGUUAAAGAAUUGAGAAUAAGUAGGGAGUCUAACCCCUGAGCAGGGGCAUUUAAUUCCCCCAAAAUAAACAAAUACCUCUGUUUGUGCACCUUGCCCUACCUGGGGGUGAUGCCUCUGGGUUUAAUACCCCUACCCAGGGUUUAAUGCCCUUGUACAAGGUUAAUGCCUCUGCCUGGGGCUUAUUGCCCUUGUAUGAGGCUAAUGCCCCUGCCCGGGGUAAUUGGCCCAUCCUGGGAUUUAAUACCCCUCCCUGGGGUUUAUUCCCCCUGCCCGGGGUUUUAUUCCCCCUGCCCGGGGUAUAUUCCCCCUUCCCCGGGGUGUGUUGCCCCUGCCCGGGGUAUCUGGCUGUCUGGGUGAACUGCGAGCGGGUUGGGGCGGAGCUGCAGGAAGUGACGGGAAUCCCAGGAGCAGAACUUGGGGAAAGUUUGUUCGGGACUGGGCUUUGGGAGAGUUUGGGUCCGGGAUUCCCGGGGACUUGGUGCCCUGUUUGGGGGGGGAGGUUUGCGGCGAUGCUGCCGGUACCGGGGCCGCUGCUACUGUUACUGCUGCUGCCGCCCGCUGCGGGCCCGGGAGCUGCUGCCGAGGGGCUCCGGGUCCGGGUCCGCUUGGCCGGGGGUGAAGUCGCGGAGGAGACGCUGGAAGCGGAUCCCGAGUCGGAUUCCAUCAGCAUCGAGUUCCGGAGGGGGGACGGCAACUUCAUCACCCUGUUGGCGGACUUCAGACAGGAUGUAAAGAUUAUCCGUUCCCUGAUAUUGGGCGAGUUGGAACGAGGUCAGAGACAGUUCCAGGGUUUGUGUUUCAUUACCAGACUCCACAAGAAUGAAAUGAUUCCCAGUGAAUCGAUGGCCAAGCUGCGUCAGAAGAACCCGAGAACUGUCCGUGUGGCCGAGGAACAGCGAGGUCCCGAGCACCUGUACAUGGAUGUUGCAGUGAAUUACAGCAAGGCCCGCCGCCUGAGUGCCCACAUCAACAGCGCCUGUGCAGAGGCCACUGAUGCAGUCUACUCCAGGCAGAGCGAUGUGAAAUACUGGAUCCAGAAAGGUAUAGAUCCUUCGAUUUUCGAAGUGGUGGCAGUUUCCGAGGACGUGCCGCAAUGCCGGCUGAGUCGGGAUCGCUGGAAGGGCUGUAUCUGCCGCUACUCCCUCUGUAUCGAGUGGUACCCAUGCUUCCUGAAAUACUGUCGCACAAAAGACCCUGCCGGCAAGACCAGCUCUUACAAGUGUGGCAUCAAAAGCUGCCAGAAAUGCUCGCAUUUUGACUUCUAUGUCCCGCAGAAACAGCUGUGCCUGUGGGAUGAAGAUAUUUAACCAUUUCCAUCGCCCAUUUGCUCGGACCAGCUGACAGAAGAUGGCUGCAGGGGAGAGUUGAACCCCCACACCCUCACCCCUUGUAGACAGAAUCCGAUGGGACUGGGGUUCAGUGAGGGAAAUUCCGGCUUGUGCUCAGUCACCUCCCCCCUUGCCCCUUCCCUAACUGGGCAGGGGCACUGGAGUUCGUAGGCUUAUUGGAUCGGUAGUUCCAGUUUGGGACAGGCCCCCGACCCUCUCCACUCCCCUGUACGGACCAAGGAGGUUUCAAAUGUCGCUGAGGACCUUGCCUGUGCAUUGGGAACUCUUACUGAGUGUCUAUCAUUAGGGUUUGUCUGAUUUACCCUCUCAUUACUUGGAGGACUAACUAAUAUCAGAGUUUACUUAAAUUCUGAUUAAUUCCAGUGCUGUUUUCCAACAGUCCAGAUGGUGAGAUUAUCUGGGUCCAUUCACAGUAGUGAAAUUCCAGAGGAGAAUUUCCAAUCUUUCUGGUUUCUGAAACUUCAGUAAUUAAAGUCUGCAAUAUAUUGAUGUUUGCUGAACAAGUUAGAUACCUCUCAGGUCAGGCAGUGGGGUGUGGGGCUCAGUUUAUUUGACUCAAGGAGGGAGUUAAACCUGAGUCAGAGAGAACCACGUUCCACUGUAGGCUUUCCUCCACCUUCACCCACCUUUAACAUAAUGCUCAACCCCACCCACCCCCACAUUUGUGACCAGCAUCUUAUCAGCUUCACAGAGUGGUCCAGUCUUUCAGGAGGAGGUUCUCACUGAUUCCGCAGGCCAGGGACUGACUUGUUGAAUGGUAGCAGGAUACUGUGUUUUCUCCAGUGUUGGACCUCCAUCCUGAACUUGCUGUUUGUCAGCAACCACUUGGAUUUGUGAUUGCCCUUAUUUUGUGUCAGAGAGGCUUGUGAUUGAGAUUUUGUUGAAGUCUGAGCCUUGGCUGUUUCAGUUGUGUUCAGGUGUCCUGGUUCAGAACCAGCUGCGACUUAUGGAGGUCUGAAAGUCUGCAGUUAACAGUUGUGUUGUCUACCAGAGGUGGCGGGUGGCACCUGAAUACCAAGGAAAAAUGGGAGAAAUUGGUAGAUUCUUGUCAUCUCCUCAGCGUGUUUCACCAUUGUUGCCUUAAUUUCCCUUAAUGUAUAACACAUUCUGCAGCUAGUGACUUGGCUGUGACUGACCUGUGAAGAUUGAACUUUGCAGAUUUUGGGAAUGAAAUAAUGGGAUUUAUAGUUUCGCCAAGAUACUUUUCUUCAUCUUUUAACCACUUAGUUUCUUUGUUGAUUUAGUCUAAAUAUUUCAAAUGGUUCCAGUUCUUUGUACCGCUCUGUGUUUGCCAGUCACCACAAGGAGAAGGAUUUUCUACUGUGUAUAUGCUAUUUGUAAAGACAUCCGUCCUGUGAAACUCUGUGAGUCAGUGUUUCCAAAAAUUGAAGAAUAUAGUGUUUUUCAAAGGAUCAUCCUCCUUGACCUGAGUUCUCCAGAAGCCAGAGUCCUUUUAAAUUUCAGUUUAAACGUCUGAAUCACCCCCAGAAAUUAUUCAUUGCAAAAUGGAAGUCUGAGGGUUAGCUGCAAGGAAAGAGUUUAAUCGUUGCCACAGUAUUGAGUUCUUAUCAGUGUUUUCCCUGAGGAAUGUGUUUGUGAAUUAAAAACUUAAAUGAAACUGAGUAACCAAAGAUCUGGGAAGCUGUCCCAACUCCUUUUGAAAUCAACAUUUCCUUCUUGUGAAGGAAUCUCUGGGUGAUUGAGCAUGCAUCCUCUUUGAUCCUUCAAUAACUUUGCUUCUCAACUUUUCACCAGAAAUGAAAAGAAUAUCAGACUGUGACUUAAAUUUGAGUUUCAUGGUCAGUAACUGAGCAUCGUUUGAGAAUUGGUGCCUUAACUCAACUUAUAAGUCAGUGUUGCAGAUUUGAUGCUCUGCACUGCCAGGUUGUGCCAGAUAAAGAAAUAUAUUUUAAUUUGCAGGUGUUUGGCUUCAGGUUCUUACUUGUCUGUUAUAAUCAGUUGUCUUGCUUACUGAUGUUGGAUUGGAAUGUGACUAGAUCUAGCAUCACUUGGUGCAGUGAUAGCUGAUGCUGUGAUGCCAUAUUCUGACAGAGUUCUUGAACCAUUAAUUGGCCACAGACUGGGAGAGAGAAAUGUGUGAGAGCCCAGACUAAACAGAUCACUUUCAAAUCUGUGAUCCCUUGGUGAUUGUUCUUUCAUUCUUCCUCCUCAUUGGUGGUCUGAAGCCAUGUUUGUUUUCAUUAAUCUCCUGGUCUCAAAUGUAAUGCUAAUACUUUACAAAGGCUUUCAGAGUAGCUGUUACUUCUGAUAAAGAUUUCACGGAAUCAAGCAGUAACUGCACCCUCGAUGGGAGAUCCUUGCAAAAUAAAUGCUGAUGAACUAGAUUUGUCAUUUAUCAGAUUGGUCAGUAUUCAGAUAUUCAUGAAGAAACUGAGUCCACAUUGCACCUUAGAACAGAUUCAUUAUGCAGUCAGAGGAGGUUUGUUUGCUUCUAGAUGCCGUGGUGUUGGUGCCAAAGUUUUGGGGUGUUGAGGAAAUGCUUGUUUGGAGUGGGAGAAUGUUUUGGGGUACCAUGACAACAGGGGAAUGUUUGGGGUAUUGCGGUGAUAGGGGAAUGUUUUGGGGUGAAUCAACAGUGCACAUGCCUUCACUGCAAUAACUCUGCAGAAUCUCACAAAGUGCCUUCAGUAUUUCAGAAAUAUCCUAAUAAAUAAAAUUAUUUUUGUAUUAUUGUGUAAAAAUAAAAGAUUGCUUUAUUCAUAAAAGAAAUUAACUCUGUUUGCAUAUUUGGAGAAUUUAUUGGAUUCGAUAAUAAACUCAUGCAUUGG